ACAAAAAAACAAGAUACUUUCCUUGCGAAAGAACAAAGCAUUUGAAGAAUCACUAGUGACUCACUCACCAUCUUCUGUCUCUGCACUCUACAAAGAAAAGAAACAUGAUGAACUUUGACGGCUUCCAGAAGGCUCUGGCGGAGUUUCAGGGCCGCUGCUCCACGCUGCUGGGCAGCCUGACCCGUCUCCAGCCCAACCGCGCGAGGCCACCAUGGGCUCGGAUAGCCCAGCCCUGGGGAGGCAGGCCCAUGGCCAUGACGGUGGAGGCAAUCGAGGAGCGCUUAGAGGGAAUUCCCGUUUACGCCCUCAGCAACGCUUCCGAGGAGUUUCUCUUGGUCUCGGGCUCUUCCUCCGGGAAAAACCUUGGCCUCUUCUGCUUCAACAAGGACGACGCCGAGGCUCUCCUCAACCAGGUUACGCUUAUCGACCCCCACGCUCGCCAGGGCUCCAAAGUUGUCCCCGUUGCUUUGAACAAGGUGUUUCAGCUCAAGGUGAACGGCGUUGCGUUUAGAUUGAUACCUGAGUUCUCUCAAGUAAAGAAUGCCCUGCAAGAGAGGGAAAAAUCUGGCUUUGCUUCCAGUGGCUUUUCUGGUGUUCCAGUUUUCCAGUCCAGAAGUCUGAUAUUGAAGAGCCAAAAUAAGAGAUUUCGUCCACUUUUCUUCAGAAAGGAGGACUUGGAAAAUACACUUAAAUCGGCAGCCCGUGAGCAGAACAAAUUAAAUCCCACUAUGAGAAAAGGCGAUAUCCAGGUUGCCACUCUAGAGGAUGUAAUAAAAGAAAUGAAGGAAAAUUCUACAUCGAACUGGGAUGAUGUUAUUUUUAUACCUCCUGGAUUUGAUGUUUCAGACGACUCCAAUGAGCAGUAGGGCAGGAUGAUGAUUAAAUUCAUGACACCUUUUAUGCUUGUGGUAUUAGCUUUUAAUCCAUAGCACAUGGCAAACAAUUAUUUAGGUUUUGUGCAUACGACAAACUUCUGACUGCAGACUCUUCUAUCCUGUCUUCAAUAUGAAACGUUAUUGGAAAGUUUGGGUUUUGCAUUUUCUAA